AUGGCGUCGUCUGCCUUCGGUCACUUCAAGGGCGCCGGCAGCCAGAAGCGCAGCCACUUCACAGUCACGUCGCUCGGCCGCUGGUCGAGCCUCAACAAGACGCUUCCUGCCGUCGAUAAGAUAUCUACCAUCCACGUCUACGACUUUGACAAUACCCUCUUCAAAACCCCUCUUCCCAAUAGUGCACUGUGGAAUGGCCUCACGAUUGGCAUGCUGUCCAACCAGGACGUCUUCAUCAACAGCGGCUGGUGGCACGACAACCGCAUCCUUGGCGCAACGGGCCUCGGCCUCGACAAGGAGGAGCCCCGCGCCUGGGAAGGCUUCUGGAACGAGAAAGUCGUCGAGCUCGUGCGUCUGACGAUGAAGCAGCCCGACGCGCUGUGCGUGCUGCUCACCGGCCGCGGCGAGGCGCGUUUUGCCGACCUGCUGCGCCGCAUCGUCGCCAGCAAGCACCUAGAAUUCGACAUGCUCUGCCUGAAGCCCCAGGUCGGCCCGGCCAACCAAAAAUUUGCUAGUACCAUAAAAUUCAAGCAAGAGCUGCUGACUGAAAUUAUGGAGACGUACAAGCACGCAGGCGAGAUUCGCAUCUAUGAGGAUCGGCCCGGACAUACGCAGAAAUUCAUCGACUUUCUCAAGGACUACAACAAUACGCAGCGCGUCCGGCCCACGCGCGGUCCCAUCCAGGCCGAGAUUAUCCAGGUCACCGACACGCAGACGUCGCUGGACCCCGUCGUCGAGGUCGCGCAGGUGCAGCGCAUGAUCAAUGAGCACAACGAGGCCAUGCGGCUGCAGCCGCUGCACCUGCGACCCAAGGCGCUACGCAUCAAGCAGCAAGUCUUCUUCACCAGCUACGCGAUUGAGCGCGCCGACUCGCAGCGGCUGCUGGAUCUCGUCAAAAUUCCCUCUGGCGACAGCACGCGCGUUCAUGGCAACAACAUAAUCAUCGUGCCGCGGCCGUGCCCCCCGCACAUUCUCGCCAAGGUCGGCGGCCUCGGCAGCACCAUGACGUGGCAAGUCACAGGUACCGCGUGCCACCACGGCUCCAUCUGGGCCGCGUGCGUCACGCCCGUCCCGGCCUCGGCCUCAUUUCACACUGAGAACCCGGUCCCGCUCGUCGUGCUGGCCUUGAAAAGGGGUGCGCGGCCCGCCGAGGCCGCCAAGAUUAACACUUGGUCCGCGCUGCCCCCGGAGAAGCGCUUCACCUUUACCACGACGGUCCGCGAAAAGGCCAUUCUGCGCGUCGAAGCCGACGACCCGCGCCACGCAGAGUACGAGAGCCUGCACGCCAGCAAGGCCAGCAAGGCUAGCGGCGGCGGCAUUAAGCGGAAACACAACGGUGACGACUGGAAUCCGCCCAAGCAACCGGCGGCCGACGCCGCGGCGGCAGCCGUAGCAGGACGAGGAGGCGGCGGUGGCGGGAGAGGUGGUCGCACCGGAGGCAGAGGCGGCCAGGCUGCUGGUGGUCGAGGAGGAGGACGCAACGGCGGCAAGGGCAAGGGCAGGGGCCGAGGCGGCUUCUCGCACUACCGCUCGCUCGACGACGUCGGGCCCAGAAACGCCGUUCCCGCAGAGGUCAACUACGACGAGGCGCACCCGCCGGCUAACGCGCCGACUGGGCCGCGGGGCAGCAAGAGAGGACCAAACGGCGGCAACAACGUGACGGAUUUGCAAAGCUAUUACUGA